AUGGCUGUGGCGUUUGAUGCAGUGUGGGUGCGAGUGAAGGGAGUGUGUAAACAGAACGGCCUGCUCAUCCUUUCGGUGCUGGCUGUUGUUAUUGGAUGCCUGCUCGGAUUCUUUCUGCGCACCAAGAACCUCUCGGAGCAGGAGGUGAUGUACUUCCAGUUCCCUGGAGAGCUGCUGAUGAGGAUGUUAAAGAUGUUGAUAUUGCCUCUGGUUGUGUCCAGUUUGAUGUCGGGUCUGGCGGCGCUGGAUGCCAAAUGUUCCAGUCGGCUGGGCCUCAUCACGGUUUCUUACUACCUAUGGACCACCUUCCUGGCCGUGGUGGUGGGCAUUGUCAUGGUGUCCAUCAUCCACCCUGGUGGAAUGGCACAGAAAGAAGACUCAGAGGACAGCGGGAAACCCAUCAUGAGUUCUGCUGACGCAUUGCUCGACCUCAUACGAAACAUGUUUCCAGCUAACCUUGUUCAAGCCACAUUUCAACAGUAUCGUACCAAUAGUGUGCCCAUAAUGAAGAGCCCGAAGACGACAGUGGCCACCGGUCUGACGGAGACCACCACUCGCCGCGCUCUUAUCUACGGCAUUCAGGAUGAUAACGGGACGGAUAUUCAGAACUUUCAGUUGGAUUUGACUCCGCCUCCUGACGUUGUAUUCCGAACUCUUCCUGGCACCAGUGAGGGCAUGAAUGUGCUGGGCAUUGUCAUUUUCUCAGCCACCAUGGGCAUAAUGUUGGGCAGAAUGGGUCCGAACGGAAGCGCUCUGGUGAACUUUUGCCAGAGUCUCAAUGAAGCAGUGCUGAAAAUUGUCGCUAUAGUUAUCUGGUAUUUCCCAUUUGGUAUCGUGUUCCUGGUUGCCGGGAAGAUUCUGGAGAUGAGCGACCCAUCAGCGAUGGGGAAGAAGCUGGGCUUUUAUGCCAUCACUGUGGUGAUGGGCCUCAUUCUACAUGGCCUCUUCAUCCUGCCCAGCAUGUACUUCUUUAUCACCAAGAAGAGUCCCAUUGUCUACAUCAGAGGAAUCCUUCAGGCCCUGCUCAUCUCUCUGGCCACAUCAUCCAGUUCAGCCACACUGCCUAUCACCUUCAAGUGCCUGCUGGAGAACAAUCACAUCGACCGGCGGAUCAUUCGUUUCGUGCUGCCUGUAGGGGCCACCAUCAACAUGGACGGCACUGCUCUCUACGAGGCUGUCGCAGCCAUUUUUAUUGCCCAGGUCAACAACUAUGAGCUUGACUUCGGCCAAAUCAUCACAAUCAGUAUUACAGCGACAGCAGCAAGCAUUGGUGCUGCCGGAAUCCCACAGGCCGGCUUGGUCACCAUGGUAAUAGUGUUGACAUCUGUCGGCCUGCCUACUGAUGACAUCACUCUCAUUAUCGCUGUUGAUUGGGCCUUAGACAGAUUUCGCACCAUGGUCAAUGUGAUGGGAGAUGCUCUGGCUACAGGAAUCAUGGCUCAUAUCUGCAGAAAAGACUUCAUCAAAGAGGGAGAUGGGGUGAGGGUUCCCCUCAUCUGUGAAACGAAACCCAUGAACAAUCAGACAUUGCCUAACUGUCAACAGAGCAAUGGAAGUUUCCAGUCUCCUCCGCCAGGAGGCAAACUUGAGCACGUCCGUCCAGAUGUGGCCCGCCUGAUGCAGCUGGAAGAAGGGGUACGUCCACCACCUCCAGAGCGGAAAAAGCCCCCCGUACCUCCUCGCCACCUCAAACACAGAGACAAGGACCAUUGUGCUGUCGACAUGAAUGGUCUUGAGACGAACGUAUAGCAUCAACACCAUUCAGGACAUGUAAGACAAUCAGCAACUAGACUGAAAUCUUAUGAACAUUAUGGAGUAUGAAAACAAAAGCAUCCACUUACUAUGGAGCGGAUUGCUGGCUGUAUUAUUUCUUCUUGUAAUUUCGACUAAAUCUUUUGGUAUGUUUUUUUUUCUGUGGAUUUUGGAAAAUGAAUGAAUCCAUGUUGAGUUGAUAUUGCGAUGCUCAUGAGAUAAGACAUGGUGUGCACCUGCACAUAUGGGCCACUGCCCCAGUAAUACCAUAGUUAGCAGCACAUCUCUGUUGACCCAUUCAGUGCUUCAGGUAACACUGUAAUGGGAACAGAAACCAGGUCAAUGACAGAACUACCAAACCAGACUGUUACAUUGGUUUGUAGGUUGCUGUCAGGGGGUGAUUUAUUCAUGGCCUUGAGAGUGGAUUAAACCUUUAGACUGGGUUCUCACGGUCAAAGAAAUCCUGGAAAUAACAGGGAAUUUUUCAAUCUUAAAAAGUCAAAGUCAAAUUGGCAUCAGUUGCAUUUGAUGGCCAUUGAUUUGCGGUUUAGUGAGUGUGGGCAUAUCCUCUUCCGGUUUCGCCGGGCACAGUUCCAGAGACCAGUGAAAAUGACAUAAAGAUCACCACUAUGUAAAUCGCAUCAUCUGAGUCACCUCUUUGGCACCGAGGAGUUGAUGGGAUUAGGGUUUAACAUUUUUGAAGUUACAUCAAUGACUAUGAAGGUAAGAAAUGGUAACAUAGAAAUAAGCCCAAUCCUGUGCUCGAGCCCAUCCAAUA